ACGAUGCCUUUUUGGUAGGAAGAGUGCUGUAGAAAAACAGGCCCAUUUGGUCUAAAUUAAACUCGCCCUCCAGGAAUUCCUUAAAAUCUUAAAACAAGUAACCUUACAUUUAGCUGGCAUGUGGUCAGCCCGACUCAAGUUUCCUUUGACCGUCUAAGACCAUUAGGAACGUUGAGACUGUGACCAUGACUUGUGCUGUUGAUUUUAGCUUUUUGCCCUUUCUCUGGAAGCAUUCUGGCUGUGAUGCGGGGACCGAGGAAUUCGGUAUUUAGGAGAUAUUUGGGAGAGGUGUGGUUAAUCGGACCCAUGGAGAGGAACUCGUCGAAGAACUCUCGUAAUAAAUGAGAGUGUUAGAAUGCAGACAGGGUGUCUUUGUUAAGAAACCUCUUCCUACAAUUGAAAACCUUUUAAAAGUGUUUCUGAGGCUCAAGCCAAAGUACUGCAAAUGAUGCCAUGAAACUACCGAUGCUCCCAAAUUAAAAGCUUUCUCCCUCACUAAGUUCGGAUUAAUAGUGGCUGUGUUUUUAAGAGCGCGUGCCUAACAGGGGAGGGACAGUCUUUCCCAAGAUGGUCAAGGUCUUAGCUCACCAUUUUACUGCUUGAUUGUUCUGGGACCGUGGGCCCUACCAUGGGUAGAAGGAAAGGCUAGAGGGAAGAAGGUUUGUCCCUUGUGUGUGGCCCAUCCAUCCUAGUGUCCUCUUUACACACAGUUGCUGGAUUUAGUUUCCCUUUUCUAUAGAUUACUGAAGAUCUUAGGGUUGUAGAUGUUUAAACAUAAGCUUCAUGAGGUUAGGAACUUGGUUUUGUUCCCUAAAAUCUCCCCAGGGUCUAGAAUAGCAUUGUUAAAUAGAAAUUUAAUGUACGCCUCUCUGUAUUCAAAAAUUUCUGAACUUCUAGGGGGCGCCUGGGUGGCUUAGGUUGGUUAAAUGUCCAACUCUUGGUUUAGGCACAGGUGGUGAUCUCUCGUCUGUGGGAACGAGCCCCGCGUUGGGCUCUGCACUGACCGCACGGAGCCUACUUGGGGUCCUCUGUCUUUUGCUCUCUCUCUGACUCUCCCCAUCCCUCUCCCUCUCUCUUUCAAAAUAAAUAAAUAAAACUUAAAAAAAAAUUGAACUUCUAGUUGCCAUGUAAAAGUAAAGCACAAAGAGAAGAAAUUAAUUUGAAUAAUACAUAUGUUUAAUCUAAUAUCCAAAACAUUAUCUUCUUAACACGUAAUUAGUAUAAAAAAUUACCGAGACAUUUUACUUUCUUUUGUCCGUACCGGGUCUUCAAAAUCCAGUGUGUAUUUUAUGUCUCAAUUUGGACUAGGGCCAUUUUGAAUGCUUAAUAUAAGCUACAUGUUCCUCCUGCUUAUGGUAUUGGGCAGGACAGGUCUGGAACUGUCUGGCCUAUGUAGAAGCCCAGCAAAUAUCUGGGAAGGAAGGGAGGGAGAGAGGGAGGGAAGGAGGAAGUGGCAAAAGUUAAAAGAUGAGUAAACAGAGGGACAUUAUUUGACUUGUUUUGGGGUGCCCUAGUGGUUUCUAGCUAGAACAGCAACUGCAUGAUGAAAAAUGCUGUACACUUUUAGUUUAAGAUCGUUUGUAAAUGUGUUACCUCACUGAUACAUACCUUCCACACCGCUGUGUAGACAAGUCAAGUUUUAACAGUCUUUAAUGUAUGGGUGGCCUGGACGAGGCUUAACUAGGUUCAGUGAGUGUGUGGUUUAACCAGACUUCAAACUCCGCUCUUCUGAGUCCUAGUGCAGUACUUUGUGCUCACUGCAUACCUCCCAUCUGGUUUGUGUUACGUGUGCACAUACUUCCCUGUGAACACUUGUUGGCUCUUAGAUAUGGGUAGAUGCUAAACGCGAUACACUGAAUAAAUAUUUUUAACACAGAACUAUUUAAAAAUAGUAAAGGUCAGAUCUGAAAGUUUGUUUUUAAUUCAGUAAUCAGACAGGAAUGGGUACUGUAGCCAAGAAAGUUGUGUGUGUGGCUUCUCGAGCUGUUAGGAUCUUCUGAAUUAUAUAGAAAGCACAUAAAAAUGUGAGUGAAAAGAUAGUUUAUGACAAGGUAUGCAUACAUGUGUUUGAAAAUGUCCCUCUGUGUAACCAUUUUAUCUGUCAAACAUUUGUUCCCUAGUAGGCAUGUGUCAUGAUUUUCUGUUCUAGCACAUGGAAAAUGUCUUGUUUCUUUCACAGAGGGAAAGUGACUUCAGCAUAAUAACCCUCCAGUGCUUGAGUUACUGGAUUUUGCAGCUUUCUUGUUUCUCAAGCUAUUAAAAUGGUUGGUUUUAUUGUGCUUAACUUUUAAAUAAAACCCUAAGGCAGAUACUUUUGAUAUGAUUCAGUUUCUUAUGGCUAAAAUGCUGCAGAGCAGUUGAGGUCAGUUUCUAGAGCAUCAGUAUGAUGUUAUGGAAACAUCUUCUUGGAUAGAAGCCAACAUUGAUCACAUUUGUAUCUAAAUCCUACUCUGCAGAGCCUAGUGUGUUAGUGAGGUAUCAGUGCACCAUAAAUUCUUUAUGCAAGGUAUUCAAAUAUUUGAAUUUGUGAGAAACAACUGUAACUUACAGAAAAUGGCAGUGUAAUUGUAAGGUUUUCCCACAGUGAGAAGAUACUGCAAAAUGUUUUGUUCACUGUUUCUCAAUUAAAGACAAUAUACCACAAAUUUGAAAAAAGUAAUGCAAAAGUUAACUCAGCAAAAAAUGUGUAUUUAGGUCUUUGUCAUAGCAAAAGCCACCACUUAGAUUUUAAUUGAUCUAAGCUGUAAGCAAAGAAGUUAAUUCUAAUUUAUCUUGCAUAUAUGGGAGAUCAUUCAUAAGGAAUUUUCUACAAAACCGCAUGAAUGUCAUUAUCCACCAGGUAGGCUAAGGGUUUAAGUGUGGAUAACUCCUACACAUACUUCACCUUCUGCUUGUAGAGCCUGGGGAAUGCUAGGAAUUCAUAGAGGUGAAUUCUUAACACGACCGAACCUUACCCUUUCUGUGCCAACUUCCAGACUCCAGAGGCUUGCAGUGUCACACCUGCUCUUCUUUCCCAGCUGGGUGGCCUAGAAUCUGAAUAAAUGGAGGACUGGAGGUCCUCCCUGCAGAAGGUGGUGGAAUCUUGAAUACACUUAGUUCACGAACAGCGGAAGACUGAGGGUUUAUUUAGAACAGCAGUUCCCAGCCCUGGCUGAACAUCAGAAUCAUCUGAGGAGGUUUGGGGCCUUAAAGCUGCCCAGACCCAUCUGUUCCACACCAAAGUCUACCUACAUUUCAGCUGUGAUUUUAAUUUCUCACUGAAGAGCUUUCUUGAAUCUCUAAUCAUGGCGUGCCUUACAUUUUUUACCACCGUACCUGCUGAUCAAUAGUGAUUUCUGAUGACUCUCCAAAAUACUCAGGAAGGUUUGUUUGUUUCAGAGACAGGGAGGCUUGGUAAAGGGUGAAAUAGGGCAGGUUCCUCAGCAAGAAGUCCUGAGAGGAACAGAGCCCUAGGAGGUGGGUAGGUCAUGGCAGCUGGAGAGAAGAGGGACAAGUAGGCCAAAGGUUGGAGCCUGUAUGGGGAGUGAAAGAAGUGGGUUGUGCCAGGAGUCCUUCUGAGAUGACUCAGGGGAUGUGGGUUUAGCUAUCUGGAAAUUGCGUAUCUUCGUAACUUGGAUAUUUCCCUUUUCCCAUUCUUUGUCAGAACAAGGAAGAGACAUGAUUGAUGACCACUGCUCAGAGAACCUUUUUCUUCCAUUUGGAUUGGUUUUAGGAUAGUACUGUUGGUAGGAAGUCUGACAUCUAUUUUAAAGUGGUAGUUUUUUCCCACCACUGCUUUUAUAUUUUACAAAGUCUUGGAUACACAAGGGUACUUUAAACUCCUGUUUCAGAUUUCCGGGAGAUUGCUGGAGACAAGCUGGAUGCCUCAUGUUUUGGAAGACUUGGUGUAGUUUCCUUCUUUUAUUUGGUAGUAGCAGCCUUUGGUGGCAUACUUCUUAACUUGUUAACUGUAGACUAAGUUAUCUAUUAAUUCAAAGGUGAACCUUUGUUGAUAAUAAUAUGCAGCUGUUAUCAGAGCCCUUCCAUUCCUAGGCUUGAUAUGCUGACUGCAGUGUGGUGGUGUUGGUGUGUGUAUUUCAUUGUUUGAAGGGCCCAGUUGAGAGUGUGAAAGGGAAUUGAUGUUCUGUGGAGUAGUGCUGUCACUGAUGCUGGCUUUGGAUUUCCUGGUAUUAACCUGUAAACAUGAGUCCCUUCACACCAGUUGUCAAGAUGCAAAACAGUAGAUCAGAGAAUAAAUGCACUUUUUUGGGAGGUGGGAGCAUUGUUUAGGACUGAACCACAUUGUUUAGGACUGAAAUCUGUUAUCUGGCAUUCCUCUGCUUUAUAACAUUUCACAUAAAAUAUGACUGUGAAAAAAAUAACAAUCCAGAAGCUUUUUUUGAUAAAGCCUGAAGAUUUAAAAUGUUAUAGCACUUUCAUUUCCCCCGCUGAUUAUGAGGAUCUUUAUUGGAGAAAAUUGUGGAAACUACAAUAGAAUAUAAAGAAGAAAAUAAAGAUCGCCAGUAAUUCUGCAACUCAGCAAUAACUGUUAUUAACAUUUAAACUAUUUCCUUUCAGGGUUUUCUUGUGUAUGUGUGUGUGGGAGGGGCGUGCAUACUGUUUUUUAUCCUGUUUAUGAACUUAAUAUUAUGAGCAGUUUCCCAUAUGAAUAACUGUUCUUCAAAAAUAUGGUUUUCAUCGGUUGGUCUGUUGCCCAGAUAUUUUCUUUACUUUGGAAUUUUGGUGGAAACACCACUCAGAAGUUGGCUUGGAUGUCUUUUAUUCCUCCACGAUGCCUUUCCUUCCCAGAGUAAGUUGAAAAAAUCUCCACUGAGAUUCCACAGAAUGUUGAUUUCAACGGUCCUAGCAUACCUACCAUAUCUUGCUUCAUGUAAUUUUUUGUGUACACAUCUAAUUCUUCAUCUAACAUUUAUUGAACCAGCCCUUCCUUUGUAACAGGUGCUAUGCUGAGACCUCACAGUACAAUGGUAAUGGAAAGGAAAUAAAAAGCAACACACCGUCAGAUAGUUUUGUGCCUGCGCCCAGGAUAUUGGCCCAUGGGCUGGGGAUACAAAGAUAUUAUUCAGGUUUUGAGAGAAUACCUCAGGUUGGACUCAAACGCAAGAUUUCCCGGUGACUUUGAAGUGGAAUGAGGUUAUUCAUUAUUAAUGUGAAUGAUGUUUAAAUUUCUGCAGCCAUGACACAAGAAUAUAGGAAAGCAUGGGAUUAUGGCAAUCACAGAGUCCUCGUAAUACAAGUUCCAUUCAUUUUUUUCUGAAAGACAGCUGUCUGUUAAAGUGAAGCAAAGGAACUAUUGUGGAUUAUAAUGUUUUGAAGAUCUGGAUUGUCAGAGGUUUGGAAAUAAGGCAUCAUUUAACCUUUUAAAUGAAAAAGAUUAAGAUCUCAUGCAACUGCUAUAUUUUCUGGAAACCAUUCUCCAAAAGGGAAGUGCACAUUUAGAACUUAGAUAUGAUGGUCCUUUGUACAGGGAUUUGAGUCUGAUUGCUUUUACAUCAUGACCAGCUUGAAACGGUCGCAGACGGAGAGGCCUGCUGCCCCCGAAAGGGCCUCGGUUGUCGCCACAGAUGGCGCCCCCAAAGUCCACACUGACGACUUCUACAUGCGACGCUUCAGGUCCCAGAAUGGCAGUUUAGGGUCCUCGGUCAUGGCUCCGGUAGGGCCCCCCCGAAGCGAAGGGUCUCAUCAUAUAACCUCGACCCCCGGAGUCCCCAAGAUGGGGGUUAGGGCUAGGAUUGCGGAUUGGCCCCCGAGAAAGGAAAACGUCAAAGAAUCUAGCCGUUCAAGCCAGGAAAUAGAAACCUCAAGUUGCCUUGAGAGCCUGUCCUCCAAAAGCAGUCCUGUGAGUCAGGGAAGUUCUGUUAGCCUCAAUUCCAGUGACUCGGCCAUGUUAAAAAGCAUACAGAACACACUGAAAAACAAGACGAGGCCGGCGGAGAACAUGGACUCCAGAUUUCUCAUGCCUGAAGCCUACCCCAGCUCCCCUAGGAAGGCUCUCCGCAGGAUCCGCCAGCGGAGCAACAGCGAUAUCACCAUAAGUGAACUUGACGUGGAUAGCUUCGAUGAAUGUAUCUCGCCCACAUACAAGACUGGGCCAUCACUGCACAGGGAAUAUGGUAGCACCUCUUCAAUUGAUAAGCAGGGAACGUCCGGGGAAAGCUUCUUUGACUUGCUAAAGGGCUACAAAGACGACAAGUCUGAUCGAGGUCCAACUCCAACCAAGCUCAGUGACUUCCUCAUCGCCAGCGGGGGCAAGGGCUCCGGUUUCUCCCUGGAUGUCAUAGACGGGCCCAUCUCCCAGAGGGAGAACCUCCGGCUCUUUAAGGAAAGGGAAAAACCACUCAAGCGCCGUUCCAAGUCUGAAACUGGAGACUCGUCCAUUUUUCGUAAGUUACGCAAUGCCAAAGGUGAGGAACUUGGGAAAUCGUCAGAUCUUGAAGACAACCGGUCAGAAGACUCUGGCAGGCCCUGGACAUGCCCGAAGUGCUUUGCCCACUACGAUGUCCAGAGUAUACUAUUUGACUUGAAUGAGGCCAUUAUGAACAGGCACAACGUUAUUAAGAGGAGAAACACCACCACGGGGGCAUCGGCCGCUGCCGUGGCAUCCCUGGUCUCUGGACCUCUGUCCCACUCGGCCAGUUUUAGCUCCCCGAUGGGCAGCACGGAGGACCUGAAUUCCAAGGGGAGCCUCAGCAUGGACCAGGGAGACGAUAAGAGCAAUGAACUUGUAUUGAGCUGUCCGUAUUUUCGGAAUGAGAUAGGUGGAGAAGGCGAAAGGAGAAUCAGCCUGUCAAAAUCAAAUUCUGGUUCCUUUAGUGGGUGUGAAAGUGCCUCCUUUGAGUCUACGCUUAGUUCCCAUUGCACAAAUGCAGGAGUGGCGGUACUUGAAGUGCCCAAGGACAACCUUGUGUUGCAUCUGGACAGGGUGAAGAGAUACAUCGUGGAGCAUGUGGACCUGGGCGCGUACUAUUACAGGAAAUUCUUCUAUCAGAAGGAACACUGGAACUAUUUUGGGGCCGAUGAGAAUCUUGGACCAGUGGCUGUGAGCAUUCGGAGGGAAAAGCCAGAAGAGACGAAGGAAAAUGGAUCUCCCUACAACUACCGAAUAAUUUUUAGAACCAGUGAGCUCAUGACCCUGAGAGGUUCAGUCCUGGAGGAUGCCAUUCCCUCAACGGCAAAGCACUCGACAGCCAGAGGACUGCCCCUGAAGGAAGUGCUGGAGCACGUGAUUCCUGAGCUCAACGUCCAGUGCCUGAGGUUGGCCUUCAACACUCCCAAAGUCACAGAGCAACUCAUGAAACUGGACGAACAAGGGCUGAACUAUCAGCAGAAGGUAGGCAUCAUGUACUGCAGAGCUGGACAGAGCACCGAAGAAGAGAUCUACAACAAUGAGUCAGCCGGCCCGGCCUUUGAGGAAUUCCUUCAGCUGUUGGGAGAACGCGUUCGGCUCAAAGGAUUUGAGAAGUACCGUGCACAGCUUGACACCAAAACUGACUCCACUGGAACCCAUUCUCUGUAUACAACAUACAAAGACUAUGAAAUUAUGUUCCAUGUUUCCACCAUGCUGCCAUACACACCUAAUAACAAGCAACAGCUCCUACGGAAGCGGCACAUUGGAAAUGAUAUUGUCACAAUUGUUUUCCAAGAGCCCGGAGCACAGCCAUUCAGCCCAAAAAACAUCCGAUCCCACUUCCAGCACGUUUUUGUCAUCGUCAGGGUUCACAACCCCUGCACCGACAGUGUUUGUUACAGUGUGGCUGUCACCAGGUCCAGAGACGUGCCUUCCUUUGGACCUCCCAUCCCCAAAGGGGUCACUUUCCCUAAGUCAAAUGUGUUCAGGGACUUCCUUUUGGCCAAAGUGAUUAACGCAGAAAACGCUGCUCAUAAAUCAGAGAAGUUUCGGGCCAUGGCAACUCGGACCCGCCAGGAAUACCUGAAAGAUCUGGCAGAAAAGAAUGUCACCAACACCCCAAUUGACCCAUCUGGCAAGUUCCCAUUCAUCUCUCUGGCCUCCAAGAAGAAGGAGAAGUCUAAGCCAUAUCCGGGAGCUGAACUCAGUAGCAUGGGGGCCAUUGUGUGGGCCGUCCGGGCCAAAGACUACAACACAGCUAUGGAAAUAGACUGUCUGUUGGGGGUCUCCAACGAAUUCAUCGUCCUCAUCGAGCAGGAAACAAAGAGCGUGGUUUUCAACUGUUCCUGCAGAGAUGUGAUAGGGUGGACCUCGACUGACACCAGCCUCAAAAUCUUCUACGAGCGAGGAGAAUGUGUUUCGGUGGAGAGUUUAAUUAAUAACGAGGAUAUCAAGGAGAUUGUAAAGAGGUUGCAGUUUGUGUCAAAAGGUUGUGAAUCGGUGGAGAUGACUCUGCGAAGGAACGGGCUGGGCCAGCUUGGCUUCCAUGUCAACUACGAGGGCAUCGUGGCCGACGUGGAGCCCUAUGGCUACGCCUGGCAGGCAGGGCUCAGGCAGGGCAGCCGGCUGGUGGAGAUCUGCAAGGUGGCGGUGGCCACCCUGAGCCACGAGCAGAUGAUUGAUCUCCUGAGGACAUCUGUCACGGUGAAGGUUGUCAUCAUCCCCCCGCAUGACGACUGCACCCCACGGAGGAGUUGCUCUGAAACGUACCGCAUGCCAGUGAUGGAAUACAAAAUGAACGAAGGGGUUUCAUACGAAUUCAAGUUUCCCUUCCGAAAUAAUAACAAAUGGCAGAGGAAUGCCAACAAGGGGCCUCACUCAGCUCAAGUCCCCUCCCAGGUGCAGAGCCCCAUGACCUCAAGGCUGAAUGCUGGCAAAGGAGACGGGAAGAUGGCUCCUCCAGAAAGAGCCGCCAACAUCCCUCGAAGCAUCUCCAGUGAUGGGCGCCCCCUGGAGAGGCGGUUGUCUCCCGGCUCAGACAUCUACGUGACGGUCUCCUCCAUGGCCCUCGCGAGGUCCCAGCAGUGCCGGAACUCCCCUAGCAACCUGUCUUCAUCCAGCGAGACGGGCUCUGGCGGAGGCACUUACCGGCAGAAGUCCAUGCCCGAAGGGUUUGGAGUAAGCCGCAGAUCCCCAGCCUCCAUCGACAGGCAGAACACCCAGUCAGAUAUUGGUGGCAGCGGGAAAUCUACACCCAGCUGGCAAAGAAGUGAGGAUAGCAUUGCUGACCAGAUGGCUUACAGUUAUAGAGGACCUCAGGAUUUCAAUUCUUUUGUCCUCGAGCAGCAUGAAUAUACAGAGCCAACGUGCCAUCUCCCAGCAGUAUCAAAGGUACUGCCAGCUUUCCGAGAGAGCCCCAGUGGGAGAUUAAUGCGGCAGGAUCCGGUGGUCCAUUUGUCUCCAAACAAACAAGGGCAUUCUGACAGCCACUACUCAAGCCACUCCAGCAGCAAUACCCUCUCCAGCAACGCGUCGAGUGCCCACAGCGACGAGAAGUGGUACGAUGGGGACCGCACGGAGUCUGAGCUCAACAGCUACAACUACCUGCAAGGCACCUCCGCUGACAGUGGCAUCGACACCACCUCCUAUGGUCCCAGCCACGGCAGCACGGCGUCCCUGGGGGCUGCCACGUCGUCCCCUCGCUCAGGGCCCAGCAAAGAGAAAGUGGCGCCCCUGUGGCAUAGUUCCAGCGAAGUGAUCUCCAUGGCAGAUCGGACUUUAGAGACAGACGGCCUCGGCAUGGACCGGAAAACAGAGUCCUCCCUGAGCCUGGACAUCCACGGCAAGAGCCCAGCGGGCUCAAACCCUCUGACAAGGGAGAACAGCACUUUCAGUAUAAAUGACGCUGCUUCCCACACAAGCACCAUGGGCUCCCGACACUCUCCCAGCCCCGUUGUCUUCACCAGUGCCAGAAGCUCCCCUAAAGAAGAGCUCCAUCCUGCCACCUCACAGCUCCUACCUUCCUCCUCCUCCUCCUCCUCCUCGUCUGGUCCUAGGACUUUCUACCCUCGCCAGGGGGCGACCAGCAAGUACCUGAUUGGUUGGAAGAAACCCGAAGGAACCAUAAACUCCGUGGGAUUCAUGGACACAAGAAAGCGUCACCAGAGCGACGGCAACGAGAUAGCCCACACCAGGCUGCGUGCCUCAACCAGGGACCUCCGGGCGUCCCCCAAGCCGGCCUCCAAGUCCACCAUUGAGGAGGACCUCAAGAAACUCAUCGACCUGGAAAGCCCAACUCCCGAAUCGCAGAAGAACUUUAAGUUCCAUGCGCUCUCCUCUCCUCAGUCUCCUUUUCCUACCACCCCCACCUCAAGGCGGGCUUUGCACCGGACGCUGUCAGACGAGAGCAUUUACAGCGGGCAGAGGGAGCACUUUUUCACCUCAAGGCCUUCACUUCUGGACCAAGCCCUGCCCAAUGACGUCCUCUUCAGUAGCACGUACCCUUCUCUUCCCAAGUCUCUUCCGUUGCGGAGGCCUUCUUACACCUUGGGAAUGAAGUCGUUGCAUGGAGAGUUCUCAGCCUCGGACAGCUCCCUCACUGACGUCCAGGAGACUCGAAGGCCACCCAUGCCCGACCCUGGCCUGAUGCCCCUGCCCGAUGCUGCUGCGGAUUUGGAUUGGUCCAACCUGGUGGACGCUGCGAAGGCCUAUGAGGUCCAGAGAGCCUCCUUCUUUGCUGCUGCUGAUGAAAACCACCGCCCCUUGAGUGCCGCGUCCAACAGUGACCAGCUGGAGGAGCAGGCGCUGGCCCAGAUGAAGUCUUACAGCAGCAGUAAGGAUUCCUCUCCCACUCUGGCGUCCAAAGUGGACCAGCUGGAAGGGAUGCUGAAGAUGCUCCGGGAAGACUUGAAGAAGGAAAAAGAAGACAAAGCCCACCUCCAGGCGGAGGUCCAGCACCUGCGGGAGGACAACCUGAGGCUGCAGGAGGAGUCCCAGAACGCCUCAGACAAGCUCAAGAAGUUCACCGAAUGGGUCUUCAACACCAUAGACAUGAGCUAGGGCAGGCUGAGGGGACAGGAGCGGGGGGCACGGGGGUGCUCUCCAGUGAGGUUUGGCAGUCCCUAGCCGUGACACUGAAAGCAUUCUCUGCCUCCCCACCCCUCCUCCCCGGCCUCCUACUCCGGCCCCUCUCGGGGAGUGCACAACACGAUUGCAGAUCAACAAUCAUUAUCUGCCUUUUGUAGAAAAGAAAAACGAAAAAGUAAAUAAAAAUUUUAAAAAGUAAAAUAAAAGUUUAACUGCUAAAAUG